AUGAUUUUUUUUUUUUUUCCAAUUUCUCUUCGAGUGAUUCUCCUUUCUUCUUUCUUGACUUCAUUUUUUAUCAAAACUUUUAUUCUAUCUCUUUAUAUUCGUUUCCAUCAUUUACUUUUUUCCACUUUUUGUUUCUUAUUUUUCUGUCGUAUUUGUUUUCUACCAUAUGCAUUUCUUCAUGACGUCAUAUUCAUUAAUUUUCUCUCCUUCCCACAUUCCUUUCUUUCAUUUCCUUUUUUCUUCUUUCUUUUCUUUCGCUUCCCUUCUCUUUUUUUUUCCACAUCUUCUUCUUCUUCUUCUUCUUCUUCCUCUUCUUCUUCUUCUUCUUCUUCUUCUUCAAAUCUUCUACUUUUUCUUUUUUCUUCUGCUCUCUUUAUGAUCUUCUCCUUCUUCUUCUUCUUCUUCUUCUUCUUCUUCUUCUUCUUCUUCUUCUUCCAUAUUUUUUAUAUCUUCUUCCUCAUCUUUCCACUUCAAAACUCUUUUUUUAUAUACUUUUCUUCUUUCUGCCAUAAAAUUUCUUUCUUUAGUCUUUUUAUUCCUUCCCUAUCUUCUGCUUCCAUUUCUCAUUCAUGA